CCUCUUCCCGCCAAACGCACUCCCUCACUCACUCCCUCUCUCUACAGUCCCAUAAUCGAUUCUUCGUCCUUCCCUAAAUUCACUGUCAGUCUCGUAUAUUUAGGGCUUUCUUUGUGUCCUUUGCAAGAAAACCCUAGUUCUCAGACCCAACCAUGGAAGACCCCAUCUCUGGCUUCCGUCAGCGUUCCGGGUCAGGCAUCGUCAAGAGAGUCCGAUUGGAGAACUUCAUGUGCCACAGUAGCUUGCAGAUUGAGCUCGGCGACUGGGUCAAUUUCAUUACCGGCCAAAAUGGAAGUGGUAAAAGUGCAAUACUUACUGCUUUGUGUAUUGCAUUUGGUUGUCGAGCUAAAGGCACUCAAAGAGCGUCUACAUUGAAGGAUUUUAUAAAAACUGGUUGCAGUUAUGCUGUUGUCCACGUGGAGUUAAAAAAUCAAGGGGAGGAUGCUUUUAAGCCUGAAAUAUAUGGUGAUGUCAUAGUUAUAGAGCGCAGGAUUUCUGGAACUGCAACCACCACUGUUUUGAAAGACCAACAAGGAAAAAAGGUUGCUAGUCGGAAAGAGGACCUUCGAGAACUAGUUGAACAUUUUAAUAUUGAUGUUGAGAAUCCAUGUGUAAUAAUGAGUCAAGACAAAAGCAGAGAGUUUUUGCAUUCUGGCAAUGACAAAGAUAAAUUUAAGUUCUUUUUCAAGGCCACACUUCUUCAGCAAGUUGAAGAUCUGUUGCAAAACAUUGAAAAACAGUUGGAGAAGGCAAAUGUUGUUGUUGCUGAGUUAGAGGGCUCAAUAAGACCCAUAGAAAGGGAACUUAAUGAGUUGCAAGAAAAAAUUAAAAACAUGGAGCACGUUGAAGAAAUAUCUCAACAAGCAAAGCAGUUAAAAAAGAAGCUCGCUUGGGCAUGGGUAUAUGAUGUAGACAAGCAGCUCGUGGAACAGAAUGCAAGAAUUGGAAAGCUGAAAGAUCGCGUACCUCUAUGUCAAGCUAAAAUUGAUCGACAAAUAGGUCAAGUGGCGAAACUAAGAGAAUGCUUUGCCUUGAAGAAAUCUGAAAUUGAACACAUGAUGAAAAAGACAUCAGAGAUUAGGAGAAUGAAGGACGAAUUGCAACAGACACUAGCAUUGGCUACAAAAGAGAAACUUAAGCUAGAAGAAGAAUAUGGCCGCAAAUUUAACCAAAUCCAGAAGAUGAUGAACUAUGUUAGGUCUCUUCAGCAACAGGUUCAAGAUACCCAGGAGCAGCAUGCCAAAAAUACACAGGCAGAAGAAUCUGAAAUAGAGGAAAAACUUAAAGAACUCCAAAAUGAGGUUGCUAGCAUUGAAUCAAUGCUUGCAAGGUUGAAGGAAGAAGAGAAUGCCUUAUCAGAAUGCGUGCAACAGACAAAUGGUGAAAUCAAAGAGAUAAAUGAAAUGAUUCAAAAUUAUGACAAGAAGCACCGGGAGAUCUCAAAUACCAUCCGGGAGCUUCAGCGAAAUCAAACCAACAAGGUUACAGCUUUUGGUGGAGAUAGAGUGAUAAGCCUUCUACGCACAAUUGAGAGAUAUCAUCAGAGAUUCCAAAGCCCUCCAAUUGGUCCAAUUGGUGCUCAUUUGACUUUGAAUAAUGGCGAUGUCUGGGCUCUUGCUGUUGAACAUGCCAUUGGAAGGUUGCUCAAUGCUUUCAUUGUGACAAAUCAUAAAGACUCGCUUCUUCUGAGAACAUGUGCAAGGGAAGCAAACUACAGUGACCUUCAGAUUAUUAUAUAUGACUUUUCAUUACCAAGGUUAAAUAUACCGCCUCACAUGCUUCCACAAACAAGGCACCCAACUACUCUUUCUCUUCUUCAUUCUGAAAUUCAUACUGUUUUAAACGUGUUGGUAGAUAUGGGAAAUGUUGAAAGGCAAGUUCUCGUGAGAGAUUAUGAUGCGGGAAAAGCAAUUGUAUUUGACCAGAGGGUUUCAAAUUUGAAGGAGGUUUACACCUUAGAUGGCAGUAGGAUGUUUUCUCGUGGUUCUGUCCAGACAGUUCUUCCUCCCAAUAAGCGAGUUAGAACUGGUCGUCUCUGUAGUUCUUAUGAUGAUCAAAUUAAUGAGCUUAAAAGACAAGUAUUAAGUGUACAAGAAGAAGCUCAGCAGUGCAGAAGGAGGAAAAGGGAUGUAGAGGAAAAACUUCAGGAUCUUCAAGAGAAUCUCCGAAAUGUGAAGAGGAGAUGUGCAAAUGUGGACCGUGAUUUGACAUCUAAGAGACUAGCAAUUCAAGAUUUUGACAAUGCAUAUGCUGCUGAAGCUGGUACAUCACCUGCAUCAACUGUUGAUGAGCUGUAUCAAGAAAUUUCGAAAGUCCAAGUGGAGAUUCAAGAAAGGAAAAUGUCACUGGAAAUGUUUCAAGUCAGAAUUGGUGAAGCUGGGGCAAAGACCAAUGAUCUUAAAGCAUCAUUUGAGAAUCUAUCUGAGUCAGCAAAAGGUGACAUUGAUGCCUUUGAGGAAGCGGAGAGAGAAAUGAUGGAGAUUGAACAAAAUCUAUGUUCUGCAGAAGAGGAGAAAGCUCAUUAUGAAGGUGUAAUGAAGAACAGGGUACUUAAGGAUAUCCAUGAUGCAGAAAAACACCAUCAGGAGCUUGAGCAUCUCCGCGAGGAGAGUUCUAGAAAGGCUUCUAUCCUUUGUCCAGAGAGUGAAAUUAUAGCAUUAGGUGAUUGGGAUGGUAGCACUCCUGAACAACUCAGUGCUCAAGUAACCAGGCUGAAUCAGAGGUUUGAGCGAGAGAGUCAGAGAUAUACCGAAUCAAUUGAUGAGCUCCGAAUGUCAUAUGAGAAAAAGGAACGUAAGAUUUUAAGCAAACAAAAAAGAAACAGAGCUUUUCGAGAAAAGUUAAAUUCAUGCCGCAAAGCCCUUGAUUUGCGACGGAGCAAGUUUCAAAGAAAUGCAGAUUAUUUAAAGCGCCAGCUGACCUGGCAAUUCAAUACCCAUCUGAGAAAGAAAGGGAUUAGCGGACAGAUUAAAGUGAGUGACGAGGAGAAGACCCUAUCUGUUGAGGUAAAGAUGCCCCAGGAUGCAACAAGCAGCACUGUUCGUGACACUAGAGGGCUUUCAGGUGGGGAACGCUCUUUUUCAACAUUGUGCUUUGCAUUGGCUCUUCAUGACAUGACCGAAGCUCCAUUUAGAGCAAUGGAUGAGUUCGAUGUUUUUAUGGAUGCUGUAAGUCGGAAAAUCAGCUUAGACACUCUUGUUGAUUUCGCAUUGGCACAAGGAUCCCAAUGGAUACUUAUCACUCCUCAUGAUAUCAGUAUGGUGAAGAACGGGGAUAGGAUAAAGAAGCAGCAGAUGGCGGCUCCUCGUUCUUGAUUUGCCAUGUAUGAUUGUGUCCUGUAGUCAUGCCAAUACCUGGUACUGCUUGAAGUUGAACAGAUGAUGAUGUAUUUAUUUACUCAUAUGUAAAUUACCAUUGUAAGGCAAACCCUAGGGUCUAGAGACCUUCCCCAUGGUUUCUUUUCGGAAUUAAUAUGAACCUUUUUUGCUUUGAAUUGUAUCCCUUAAAUCAUAUUAUCUUACAUAUCCGGACGAUUCUUAUAAAGUAAUGCUUGUAUGAAUGGCGACCGUUAUUCAUAUUAUAUAUAUUAUUAUGUACGA